AUGUGCUAUGAAGCUAAAUGCAUGAUGGACAACCCUAGUAUUAAAUACAAAUCUUACCAUUCAGGUGAUCUUAUCAUUGGUGGCAUUAUUUCUCUGAUCUACAUGAUGUCUAAUCUAGUCACCUUUAAAAGACUUCCAUCUGAAGAACUUCUUGAUGAUCCCAUUUUAUUACAACAGAACUUCUUGCAUAUCUUGUCCUUGAUCUUUGCUGUAAAGGAGAUCAAUGAAAAUCCUCAGAUCUUGCCCAACAUCACUCUGGGCUUUGGGAUAUCCAAUAGCUAUUUCAUGGCAACCUGGACCUACCUGGCUUCUAUGGAGCUUCUUUCUUCACAUGACAGAUUUGUUCCUAACUAUAAAUGUACCAUCCAUCAAAACUCAGUUUGUGUUAUUGCUGGACCCAACUCUCAUAACUCUCAGGUUAUGGCUGACAUUCUGACCAUUUACAAGAUUCCACAGUCCAUUUUAAGCCCAAAGUCAGAGAAAAGAUGCACUGGGGAAGAGAAGCUAGAGACUCUUCCAGACUCUGUUUUUGAAUUGAGUAUGACUGGGCAAAGCUACAGCAUCUACAAUGCAGUCUAUGCUGUGGCACAUGGUGUACAAGCUUUCCUUACAUCCCAUUCCAAACACAGAUCAGCAGCUGAUAGUGGGAAACAGAAGCUUUUCAGUCAUCAUGUAUGGAAGACACAACCUCUUUCUUUGUGCAAUGAUCAUUGCUCCUUGGGGUACAGCAAGAUCAAAAUAGAAGGGAAGCCAUUUUGCUGUUACAAAUGCCUUUGCUGCCCAGAAGGGAAAAUUGCCAACCAGACAGAUUCAGACAUGAACUCAAUGCCUGAUGAAAUUCUCCUGGAAUGUAAUGAAGGUUCAGCCAUCAUGUUUUACAUUGUCCUUGGCUAUAUGGGGUUCUUGACUGCUAUCAGCUUCAUGGAAGCCUUCCUAGCCAGGAAGUUACCAGAUAGCUUUAACGAAGCCAAAUUUAUCACCUUCAGCAUGUUUGUCUUUUGUAGCGUCUGGCUAUUAUUUGUUCCUACCUAUCUGAGCACUAAGGGGAAAUACAUGAUCAUAUGCCAUGCUGCUAAAUGCACCAUAGACAACCCUAGCAUUAAAUACAAGUCUUACCAUUCAGGUGAUCUCAUCAUUGGUGGCAUUAUUUCUCUGAUCUGUAUGGUGCCUAACCUAAUCACCUUCAGAACAAUUCCAUCGGAAGAACUUCUUGAUAAUCCCAUCUAUUUCAUGGCAACGUGGACCUACCUGGCUUCUAUGGAGCUUCUUUCUUCACACGACAGAUUUGUUCCCAACUAUAAAUGCAGCAUCGACCAAAAUGUAGUUUGUGUUAUUGCAGGACCCAAUUCUCAUGUGGCUCAAGUUAUGGCAGACAUUUUGAGCAUUUACAAGAUGCCACAGUUAACAUAUGGCUCCGCUCCAGUGACUGAUAACAUGAUCCAUACAGAUUUUUACCAUCAGAUGUUUCCAAAUGAAUAUCUUCAAAUUAUGGGGAUCCUCCAGUUGCUGCUGCAUUUUAAAUGGACUUGGAUUGGACUGAUUUGUCAGGAAAAUGAGAUUGGUGAACAAUUUCUGAGGGAAGAGCUCACCUUGUUUUCAGAAAAAGGAAUCUGUUUUGAAUAUUUUGAAGAAUUUCCAACAGAAGCUUUUUCAAACCAGCUGGGAGAAAAAAUAGAUGAUUUUCUUAAGUUAUACAAAAUCCUUAUGACAAGUACCUCCAGUGUUGCAAUCAUAUAUUCUGAAAACCAGGUCAUGGCAAUUUUCAGAACAAUAAUCUCUCUUUCAAAAUAUUUGGACACAAUAGUUGAGAUAAAAGAUAAAAUUUGGAUUUUACCAGCCCAGAUGGAAUUCGCUUCAGUUCCAUUUCAAAGAAACAGCAAUAUUGACUUCAUCCAUGGGGCUCUUUCUUUUGCAGUUUCAUCAAGAGAAUUAUUAGGUUUCAAUACAUUUCUUCAGACUAUAAAUAAUCUUCCAGAAAAUGAAGAUAGUUUUUCAAGGGUCUUUUGGGAACAAGCCUUUGGAUGUUCUUUCUCAAAUUCCAAUUUAAACCAAGAAUCGGACAAAAGAUGCACUGGGGAAGAGAAGCUGGAGAAUCUUCCAGGCUCUGUUUUUGAACUGAGCAUGACUGGGCAAAGUUACAGUAUCUACAAUGCCGUCUAUGCUGUGGCACAUGCUUUCCAAGCCAUGCUUACAUCCCACAUCAAACAUAGAACAAUGGCUGGUAGUGGGAAGCAGAAGCUUCUCAAUCAUCAAGUAUGGCAGUUUCACCACCAUCUGAGAAAAAUCUCAUUUAACAACAGUGCUGGAGAAAAUAUCUUCUUUGACCAGAAUGGGAAGGUUACAACUGGCUUUGACAUAAUGAACUGGAUCACCUUCCCAAACCAAACUUUUCUUAAGGUCAAAGUCGGAAAGGUACAUCCAUCAGUUCAACUAGAAAGUCUUCUCUCUCUAUUGGAGGAUGACAUUGUGUGGCCCAACACUUUUAACCAGUCACAACCUCUUUCUCUGUGCAAUGAUCCUUGCUCUUUGGGGUACAACAAAAUCAAAAUUGAAGGGAAGCCAUUUUGCUGUUACUAUUGUGUUCGUUGCCCGGAAGGCAACAUUGCCAACCAGACAGGGCUAGAUGACUGUUUCCCAUGCCCUGAAGAAAAAUAUCCUAAUAAGGAUCAAGCUCUUUGCAUUAAAAAACGCACAAACUUCUUGUCUUACAAAGAACCCUUGGGAAUCACUUUGACCAGUGUGGCUUUCUUCUUUUCUUUCAUCUCAGUUGUGGUACUGGGGAUCUUCAUUAAGCACAAGGACACUCCCAUUGUCAAAGCCAACAACAGGGGCCUCACCUAUGCUCUGCUCAUUGCUCUCCUUUUAUCCUUCCUUUGCAUUUUGCUUUUCAUUGGACAACCUGACCAAAUAAAAUGUCUCAUGCAAGAAACUGCUUUUAGCCUCAUCUUUACGGUAGCCCUUUCUUGUAUAUUGGCGAAAACAACAAUAGUGAUUCUUGCUUUCAUGGCCAACAAGCCAGGUUCUAAAAUCAAGAAAUGGGUGGGGAAAAAACUUGCCAACACUAUUGUCCUGUCUUGCUGCUCGGUGCAACUCACUAUUUAUAGUGUGUGGCUGGCAACUUCUCCCCCAUUGCCAGAUUCAGACAGGCACUCCAUGGUUGAAGAAAUUGUCUUGAAAUGUAAUGAAGGUUCAGCCAUCAUGGUUUACCUGGUCCUUGGCUUUAUGGGUUUUUUGGCUGCUAUCAGUUUCACAGUGGCCUUCCUAGCCAGGAAGUUACCUGACAGCUUUAAUGAAGCCAAAUUUAUCACCUUCAGCAUGUUAGUUUUUUGUAGUGUCUGGGUGUUGUUUAUUCCUACCUAUCUUAGUGCCAAGGGAAAAUACAUGGUAGCUAUGGAGAUUUUCUCCAUUUUGGCUUCUGCAGGCGGAUUACUUGGCUUAAUCUUUUUUCCCAAAUGCUAUAUCAUUAUUCUGAGGCCAGAGCUGAACAGAAAAGAACAGUUGAUAAAGAAGCAAACAUAA